GCAUGUGAUGCAUGGCAAAAAGAGGCCCAAGAGGCCAAGGAACGUGCUAAUGUGGCAGACACGGAGAAACAGCUAGCCCUUCGGAAAAAAGAGGAAGUGGAAAUCCAGGUAAUUUUUCAGAUCCAUUCAAAGAAGUGUGUUGUAUGCCGAGAACAUAACCGUAGCGUUGUCCUGCAGCCAUGCCAACAUUAUGUCCUUUGUGAACACUGUGCAGCUAAACAACAAGAAUGUCCUUGCUGCAAGACAACAAAAAGUAAAUGGUGACAGUGUGUCAUGGUACUUAUGUAAUGUUAAUGAAUUAAAUAUUUUAUGUUCUAGUAUUUUAUAUAAAAAUUGUAUAUGUAGUUAUUAAUCCAUUUACUAGUGCUAGACUGAUCUCCAUUUUGACUUCUUAAGAGACGUUCUUUCCUGUUUCCCUAAUAUAGGAAAAGCGGUUUGGCUGCCUUUACUUGAUUUCUUUCUAUGAUGCUGUUCUAAAGUUCCAUAUUUAUUCCUUUCUUCACUUGGCCUUUUCAAUUUUUACUUGCAUUCCUGUUGCACAGGCUACUCAGGUUCAGUUCUUCAAACAUAAUCAUGUCUUAAGGGUCCUUACCCACAAUGCCUGAAUGAGGGAUUUAUGCUUCUACUCUGCAUCAGAAUUCAUGGAAGUUACCAUGUAAAUACAGUGCUUGAUAAUAGGAGGACCCACGCUUCACCUUGUGUCUAUGGUGUGCUAUAUAGUCCAGUGCCAGUAUUUUGGAGUCAGUCUAACACUACUGUUUACUUGGCUAUUUGAAGAAAUUUGAUUACCGUAAAAGCACUUUGUUAACUUUUUUUAAAGAGGUUAUGUUAUAAAUUGCUUUAAGCUGCUUUCUAGGUUUUAUGUUUGUUUUUUAAUAUGCGAUAAAAUGAAGCUUUUUAUGUGUACUGUGAAUUUAAAAUAUUUCAUAUCAGUUUUAUUGUUAAAUCAUAGUAUGGUAAAUAUGGAGUUAGAUUUCAUACUUUGACUUUAUUACUUAUUAAAUGAACAAUUAAAGAAAAAUGGGAAUUGCCUAGAAUUUUUACAAUUUUCGCGUUAACUUCAAACUAAUAGUGUUUAUAAGUCUACCAGCAGAGAGGAUAACGCUGAAAGGCACAUAGGCUUAC